AUGUUGCACUUGUUGUAUUUUAUUAAUUUUCAACAAAUCUUUUGUCACGAAAUAAAUUCCGAGCCAAUCUACUAUGACACCCUAGGCUUGUUUCCCACAGUGACAGAAAUGAUCAUUGAGCAUGGAUAUCCUGUGGAAACUCAUGAAGUUCAAACAAUGGACGGAUAUCUACUGAAUAUGCAUCGUAUACCGAAUGGAAUAAAUAGAACAACAGAAUUUACUACCCAUAAACCUGUUGCAUUUCUUCAACAUGGCCUUCUCAGUUCAUCUGAGGACUGGGUAGUUCUGGGACCUGAACGAGCUUUGGCAUAUCUCCUAGCCGAUGAAGGAUAUGACGUAUGGAUGGGAAAUGCAAGAGGCAAUACACAUUCCAGGCGUCAUGUAAGCCUCAGUCCUGAAUCUGAAGACUUUUGGAAUUUUAGUUGGCACGAGAUAGCAAUGUUUGAUCUACCUGCAAUGAUUGAUUACGUCUUGAAGCAUACUGGACAGAAGAAAUUGCAUUACAUUGGGUUUUCUCAAGGAACAACUUGUCUGCUCGUAAUGCUUUCUUUAAAACCGAAGUACAACAAUGUCAUUAUAACUGCUCAUGCUUUAGCGCCAGUAGCCUACAUGAGCAAUCUCCGUAGUCCUCUUAUUCGAGCUUUUGCACCUUUCAUAAGCCCAUCGAAUAACCUUGAGUAUCUUCUAGGAACCAAUGAAUUUACUCCAAGCAAUCUUCUAAUGCAAUUAGGCGGGCAUUUACUCUGCAAAGCUACAUCCCCAUUUCAGGAAGUUUGUGCCAAUGUCAUUUUCCUUAUAGGUGGUUUUGAUUCCGAACAGUUAAAUCGGACCCUACUUCCUACCAUUUUAACAUAUACCCCUGCCGGAGCUUCAACUAAACAAUUAAUUCACUACGGACAACUGUACAAUUCUGGAUAUUUUCGGCAAUACGAUUAUGGUACUUCCAGAAAUUCGGUAAAGUACAGAAAGCAAACUCCUCCGAUUUAUCCUCUGCGCAGUAUCACUGCCCCAAUUGCCCUAUAUUACAGUGAAAAUGAUUGGUUGGCUACUAUCGCUGAUGUUAAAAAAUUGCGAGUUAAAUUGAAAAAUGUGAUAGGAAAAUAUCUAGUGCCUCUGCCUAAAUUCAAUCAUCUCGAUUUCAUAUGGGCGAAAGAUGCCCGUUCGUUACUUUACAACAAGGUUUUGCAUAUAAUGAAUUCGGCCAUUGAUAAAUUUCACGAAUAUUAA